CACCAGUCAGAGAGAGAGAGAGAGAGGGAGAGAGACAAGAGAACAGAGCAAGGCUUGUUGGCAAGUCACGGACACUCUCAGGUCAGCUGUAUCUCCUGACCGUCGGGUCUCAUGAUUUACUGAUGAAUGGAGAAAGGCAGGGGAUUUGAAGUAGUGGACAUCUAAAAGACCUUCAAGUCCGUUCCUGGAUAUGCUGAAGCCCCAGAGACCACACAGCUGGACAAACCAGCACUGAAGAAUCAAGCUUACUGUCUGCAGCUUAAACUGAUUCACUCUGGGGCAACUCUGAAUUCUCUUCACGGGAAGGUUUCUCCCACAGCUCUUACACAGUACACAGAGAUGGCUAUGGUGAGCGGGGGAUGGGCCAACCCCAACGGCAGCACUAAUGGACACAGUGAGAAGGGUUACCUGCGGGGGGAGGAGGAUGGCAGCUCGCCCCGGGCAGGGAACAGUGACGUGGAAGGUGGCGAGGAGGAAAAAGCCUGUGUGGUUGACUGUGUUGUGUGUGGGGACAAAUCUAGUGGGAAACACUAUGGCGUUUUCACCUGCGAAGGGUGUAAGAGUUUCUUUAAAAGGAGCAUCAGGCGUAAUCUUAACUACACAUGCAGAUCAAACCGUGAGUGUCAGAUCGACCAGCACCAUCGUAACCAGUGUCAAUACUGUCGUCUGAAGAAGUGCUUCAGGGUCGGUAUGAGGAAAGAAGCAGUCCAACGUGGACGUAUCCCUCCCUCCAAUACAGGCAUCAUUCCUGCCUCCAUGGUUGGAGCGGUUGGGGAGGGUGUUGGAGCUCCAGGCAUGAGUGCUGAUUUCUAUAAUGGUCAGCCUGUUUCUGAACUGAUCUCUCAGCUCCUAAGAGCAGACCCCUACCCCAGCAGCCGCUAUGGGGCCCAGUGCGGCCAGCAGCUCCCAGCGGCCAACAGCUCCGUCAUGGGCAUCGACAACAUCUGUGAGCUGGCAGCCCGGCUGCUCUUCAGUACUAUAGAGUGGGCCAGGAACAUUCCGUACUUCCCUGACCUGCCUGUGUCGGAGCAGGUGGCCCUUCUGAGGCUCAGCUGGAGCGAACUGUUCAUACUGAAUGCAGCUCAGUCUGCUCUGCCCCUUCAUACUGCCCCCCUGUUAGCAGCUGCUGGCUUUCACUCCUCCCCCAUGGCCGCUGAUCGUGUUGUGUCCUUCAUGGACCAGGUGCGGGUGUUCCAGGACCAGGUGGACAAACUGACAAGACUGCAGGUGGAUUCUGCCGAAUACAGCUGUCUGAAAGCCAUCGCCCUCUUCUCACCAGAUGCGUGUGGGCUGUCAGACCCAGCACACAUUGAGAGCCUGCAGGAGAAAGCUCAGGUGGCCCUCACCGAGUACGAGCGCAUGCAAUACCCGGGUCAGCCCCAGCGCUUCGGCCGACUCCUGCUCCGACUGCCCGCCCUGAGAGCUGUGCCUGCUAACCUCAUCUCUCAGCUCUUCUUUAUGCGGCUGGUUGGCAAGACGCCCAUUGAGACGCUUAUCCGAGACAUGCAGCUCUCAGGAAGCUCCAUCAGCUGGCCGUAUGUGCCCGGACAGUAGAUGAACAAUCAGAAGACUUGUUCUUAUGUCCCAUCUCAGGCCUUUUCACAUGAUUCCACAAUACAUGUGUGGAUAGAUGUUGGUCUUGUGUUUUGGUGCUUAUUGAUCAUGUAUAUAUAUCGCAUAACUAAAAAGAUGAUGCACGUCCCUAUGCAGUUUAUUUGAGCCACCCUGAUACAGGAUACCUCAAGUUUCAAUAAUUACUUAAGGACUCAUGCAGAAGUUCGAUGGCAUAUGUGAAACACAUUUGUCUUGAGGGAUGAUAUACUAAAGACUGAUUAUUAAGGUGUAAACAGGAAUAUCUCAGUGUGCUAAUACGAGACACUCAUCCAAAACUUUUAAGAAGAGUUAAUGAUACCUUCUUAUUGAGAGAGCAUAGUGAACUAUUUUAAAAGUAGUGUAGAUGUACAUUAAGAAUUUUUAUAAAGGAAUGUAAUUUUGAGUCCAAAAAGUUGGGAUAUAUACCAUAUACUUGAAAGAUCAGUGGUGAACUGUAUAUGGCUAUAUUCGGAAUGGAAUACUAGAAUAUUACUUAUUGUGUACUGCACAUAAUAUAAUGUUUUUUUUUUUUUUCAAAGUAUGUGAAACUAUACAAGAUGCAACCUUAAUUGUUUCAGCCAGUAGUGUGCUACAUUGUUGUAACUUGACCUACGUUACAUGUUUGAUUCUGCAGGUGGUGUCCAGUUAUAAUAUCAAAAAUAACAGUUAUAUCAAAUGAAACAGUUAUUCUGCAGUUUAUAGGCUAUUGAGGCUGCUAUUCUGGUUAAUUCACACUGGAGAUGGACGGUCAGGUCGAGUGCAUUGCAUUGUGUAGAUGCAAAUGUCAAAGAUAAUCCAGGUAAUAUUUGCAUUCUCUGCAUAGUAUACAUUAUAUAUAUUGCAGAUAUAGUACAAGUAGUAUGGUAGCAUACUGUUCUGAACAUAGCCCUUGUUUUGGAUUAUGUUGUUUAAAGGGAUAGUUCACCCAAGAAUGAAAAUCCUCUUAUCAUUUACUAUCCCUCAGGCCAUCCCAGAUGUGUAUGACUUUUUCUUCUGCAGACCAUAAACAAAGAUUUUCAGAAGAAUAUCUCCACUCUGUAGGUCCAUACAAUGCAAGUGAAUGGUGGCCAGAACUUUGAAGCUCCAAAAAGCAUAUAAAGGCAGCAAAAGUAAUCCAUACUAAUCCAGUGGUUUAAACCACGUCUUCUAAAGCGAUAUAACAGGUGUGGGUGAGAGAUCAAUAUUUGUCUUUUUUUUUCUUUUUUUUUUUUUACUAUAAAACUCCACUUUCACUUCCACAUUCUUCUUCUUUUGUUUUUUUGGUGAUUUGCAUUCUGCGUGCAGAUCGCCACAUACUGGUCGUUGCUGGUCAAAGGUGGAGAUUGAACUGUUCCUUUAAAUAGAUCUAUACACUCUGUUAUUGGAGGAAACGAAUGGUAGAGCGUUUCACAUUACUGACUGUGGAAAGUAUAAAAUAUUUUUGCAUAUUAAAAAUAAAAUUCAAUGAUAAAUAAAAA